AUGACGGCUUCAGGCACAUCUUCGCAAUUAAGCGAGCAUUUCAUUAAUAUUAAAUUAUCUACGCUGAAUUUGCCGUCUUCCAGUGGGUCAUACGAAAAAUGGCCAGAGUUUAGUGAUGGAUUCAAAUCUCCCGUUCACAAUGACAAGAAAUUCACAGAUUCUCAAAGACUCGCAUACUUGCGUUCAUGUCUUAGUAAAAAGGUAUCUGAUAGAAUAAAGUCUCUCGAAAAAACCGACGCGAAUAAUCAGGUAGCAUGGAGGAUUCUGGAAAAAGGUUACGACGAUCCUAGAACAGUCAUUAACAAUUACAUUAAAUCAUUUUUUAAGUUAUCUAUUUGUGAGAAUGCUUCUGCCACUUCUAUCGAAGAUUUAUUAAAUAACAUAACGAAACGUUCUCGAGUGUUAGAGGCUCUAAAUAUAGGAAACAAAUGA